CCAGAAGCGGCAACAAGGGCAAUUUCGUCAUUGAGAAAUCCGAUUGCCUUGUUGGGUGUAGGGUUGAUUGGUUGGGUACUCUGCUGAGCUGCUGAGGCAAACCAGUGUUCCCGUCCAAGAUCACCGACUCGCGCUCGGUCUAAAGGCUCAAGCUUUAAAUAGUGUGAUGAUGGCAUCCAUACUGCAGGACCUUGUGAUGUCAGGGCGAAACCAUAUGUCUCGCCAUUCUGAUGGUUAUCGAGUUUAUCGUGAUGUUCCGCGACCUGUUAUGAACCGAGGACCAGGACCCUUGUCUAUUCGCCCUGCAGCUCUGGAAGAAGAACUUGCUGUGCAGCGUAGAGAAAUGCAGCGAAUUAUUGCUGAGAACCAGUUUGUAAUUGAUGAUAAUACCCUUCUUCAAAGGCAAUUGACAGAUGCAAGAGAUGAAAUUCAUAGAUUGGGGCAGCUCAUACCUAAAAUCCGGGCUGAGAAAGAAGCGCAGUCUAGGGAGUUGAUUGAGAGAGAAUUGAAGCUAGAAGCUGAUCUCCGUGCUACAGAGCCUUUAAAGGCGGAAGUUAUGCAGUUAAGAGCUGAAGUUCAUAAACUGAAUAAUUUACGGCAGGAACUGUCUUCCCAAGUCCAAGGUUUGACACAGGACGUUACUCGGUUGCAAGUGGAGAAUCAGCAACUAAUUGCCAUGAGGGCUGAUAUUGAUGUGAUGCGAAACGAGCUUGUUGAGACCAGGAGAGCUUAUGAAUUUGAGAGGAAAGCCAAUGAAGAACAAGUUGAGCAAAAGCAAGCAAUGGAAAAGAAUCUCGUCUCCAUGGCUCGUGAUAUGGAGAAGCUAAGAGCAGAGCAGCUGAAUGCAGACAGGAGGGCACGAGGACUAGGUGGUAAGAGUUACGGAAUGAUGAAUGGAAGUCCCGAUAUGAGAUAUUCAGGUGGUCCAUAUCGCAAUGGCUAUAGCACCGGUUGGGGACCCUACGAUAGGCGUGGAUCACGACAUUAAGUUGUCCUGAAGAUAUGGAAUUGCUCUGGAAUUGGGUACCCAUGUCUGCGGUCCAGUGCUGCUUAUAGAGUAAAGUGGACUCCGGAGGAUGAGGCCACAGAAACGAAACAACCUUAGUCCUUGUAAAAUUUCUGAACAUUUUAUCCUUUGUAUGAUUUGCGCCUGUAGUGAUGGUGCCUUGAGCAGCGUGUUGCAUGUUGUAUGCGCAAGUUUUAUUUUUCUUGUA